UUCUAUUUUUCGCUAUUAAUUAGUCAAGCUCGAUCGUCCAUCAUGUCUGUCGACUCACGUACACUCGGAGUGACAAAGUAUCAGGUCUUCUGCACCAUCCUGGCCGCCAUCGGCAGUCUCAACUUUGGUUGGAACAUCGGCUCGGUGAACAUCCCCGGCGAUGUCCUGCAGAACUGUGUCACUGGCCGGAAGUAUUACGGCUUGUUCCCGUCUUGCAUCUAUGUCAAGUCCGGAACCAUCUGGGGUAUCAUUGUCGGCUGCUAUGCCCUUGGCGCCAUCAUGGGCGCUGUCAUCUCCAACCCAGUUAUUAACCGCAAGGGCUACAAGUUCGUCCUUUGCUGGUUCGCUCUGCUCAACGUCGUCGGUGCCCUGCUGCUGUCGCUGACUACUAAGAUUCCGCAGUUCAUUAUUGGUCGCAUUGUGGUCGGUGUCGCUGCCGGUGCUGCCAACAACGCCAUGGCCACCUACAUUUCGGAUAUGACUACCGCGCGCGGCCGUACUAUUCUCGGCGGUGCUCUACAGUUCGCAUGUGUCUUAGGUAUUAUGAUCAACAAUGGCUUCGCUCUGGGUCUUGCUCCUCCCCCUCGCUGGCGCAUUCUGUUCGCCAUUACUGGUGUCUUUGGCCUGAUCAACUUUGCUCUGUUCCCGUUCGCCCCUGAGUCGCCCAAGUGGCUGGUCAAGAACGGCCGUAUUGACGAGGCGCGCGUUUCCUUGCAAAGGUUCCGUGCUGGGGCUGACAUCGAAGAGGAGAUAAACGACAUUAUCCAGACAGAUAAGGAUAACCGUGAGCGCACAGCCGAUGUCAACGUCAUGCAGGUUCUGCGCGGCCAAACUCCCGACAACCUCCGCCACCAACUCAUGUGCGUAUCAGCACUUAUGUUCUUCCAGCAGAUGUGCGGUAUCAACGCUGUCAUCUUCUACUCGACCCAGAUCAUCAACAACUCGACCCAUGAUAACCCGGCCGACAUCCCCACUCUGGCCCAGAUCCUGACAUUUGUUAUUUCGAUCGUUGCCAUGAUUUUCACCUUCCUUGGUAUGGUGUUGGCUGCUUACCUUGGCCGCCGCACCCUGCUUAUCAUGGCGCAUGCUGCUAUGGGUAUCUUUUCUGCCCUCAUGGUUGCUGGGUCUGUCAAGGAUGUGACUGGCCUUGUUGUGACCAUGGUGUUCCUGUUCAACGCUUUCUUUAACCUCGGUCCUGGUCCUAUCCCUUGGGCUGUUGCAGGGGAAAUGACCCCUGGGUAUGCAAUGACUGCCAUGUCUGCUAUUGGUACUGGUAUUGGCUAUUUGUUCACCUUCGUCAUCGGUGUCAUCUUUCCGCCCAUGCAGGAGGCCAUGGGUGACUGGACCUUCUUCUUCUUUAUGGCGUGGAAUAUUUUGGCUGUUGUCUUCAUUUUCCUGUUUGUUCCCGAGACAAAGGACCGCCCUAUUGAAGACACCGUCCGCAUCCACUCAUGCGGUAUCCACACUGUCAUCGGCAAGAAGUGGCAGGCUAGCGUCAUCAAGGAAAAGGAUGAGCUUGCGUGAGUAGAGGCUAUUUUAGAUAAACUAAUUCACAAUACACGACCAGUUUUGUCCACAGUGGCACACCAUUAAUGAGUCCAACCAACAACUUCACUUCUUGCCUUUGGAUAUGCUACCAGCAAAGUUAAAGCAGUUUUCUCGUAGGCUGCAAAAAGGCAAUACGCCUAUUCGCAUCCAGAAAAAAAACGCGUAUUCAACACUACAGCGAGUGUAGCCAUGUUCUGAUGUGGGCUGCUUGGAGUCAGGUUUACAUCUACAUGGUGUUGAUACAUCCCAGCACUGUUCCAGAUACACAGAAAUGAGUAGUCUGGAUAUUGGCAACCACAACUGACCCUGGCAGAUAGGCGCAGUGUUGCAGGCAGACUAGCCUCAUCUGCUGUUCUAGUAUUCGUUUUGUUGAGUGGUUGGUGGUUGGUGGU